ACAUCAGGACACCUCUUGUAAUGCCCAUCCUUGUUUGCCCUUCCUCGUCGUCUGUGUUCCCGCCCCACACCUUUCCCACAGCCUCCACCUUCGUCCCAUUUUCCUAUUUUGCCCCUUUCCUGCGAUGUCUUCGUGCAACCCCAGCACCGGGCUCCCACUUCCCUGUGGCUCUCUUCCUCUGUUUCUGAUUCCAUUACCUCACUGCCACCCACCCAGCUCCUGGCUUCCAGGAAUCGUCCCUCCUCUCUCCUUAAAUCUCAGGGCCUCGUCGUCAUUCCCAAAGUACCGUUUGCAUUGUACUUUGACCUUAAUCCUUACCCUCUUCUCCGGAGUGCUUUAUGAGCCCUGCAACUUCCCUUGGCUUCCCCUUCACCCCGUCCCCAAAUCCCUCAACCUCUGGAGGUUUGUUCCCAUAGAAGAAACGAGAUCUGACAGUGCCCCUUCGCAGUCAGGAUUCCCUCAAGUCUCAGGGAUUUUGCUGAUCCUUGGGACACUUGACUGUGUUUUCCGCAUGGUCUUCUUCCUGUGCUCUCUGUUGCAUUCUCUGUCUUCACGUACCACUCAUUUCAGGAUCAGCUAAACCUUGAGCUGAGAAGAAAAUGUGUUGGGAGGAGGGGGAGCUUCUGCUGUCUCACUCGGGAUUUUCUGGACAGAGGGGUGUUUCCGAAGGAUGGAGCAAGUUUUGGAGAAGUCCCUAUCAGAUGACACUUUGUUGACUCGUCAGGAUCAGCCGCUGGGAGAGAUGAACAGGCCUGCCUGGAAACUGAAUGAGGCUGUGAAAAACCUGGAAGCUCGAAGUCUGGCGGUGGCCAUGGGAGACAUGGUGGUGGAACCUGCCCCCCUGAAGCCAGCUUCUGAGCCCACUCCUGGCCCACCAGGGAAUAGCGGGGGCUCCUUGCUAGGUGUCAUCACAGAAGGGGUCGGGGAACUAUCGGUGAUUGACCGCGAGGUGGCUCAGAAGGCCUGCCAGGAAGUGCUGGAGCAGGUCAAGCUUUUGCGUGGAGGCGUGGCCGUCUCCUGCUCCAGCACCCCACUGGAGCUGGUCAAUGGGGAUACUUUGGACAGCUCCAUCCGUUGCCUGGAUGACCCACCUUCUCAGAUACAGGAGGAAGAAGAUGAAAUGGGGGCCACCGUGGCCUCGGGCACGGCCAAGGGGACGAGGAGGCGGCGGCAGAACAACUCAGCCAGACAAUCCUGGCUGCUGAGGCUGUUUGAGUCAAAACUGUUUGACAUCUCCAUGGCCAUCUCCUACCUGUACAACUCCAAGGAGCCCGGAGUGCAGGCCUACAUUGGCAACCGGCUCUUCUGCUUUCGCGAUGAGGAUGUGGAUUUCUAUCUGCCCCAGCUGCUUAACAUGUACAUCCACAUGGACGAGGACGUAGGUGACGCCAUCAAGCCCUACAUAGUGCACCGUUGCCGCCAGAGCAUUAACUUUUCCCUGCAGUGCGCCCUGCUGCUCGGGGCCUACUCCUCAGACAUGCACAUUUCCACUCAGCGACACUCCCGUGGGACCAAGCUCCGGAAGCUGAUCCUCUCAGACGAGCUGAAGCCAGCUCACCGAAAGAGGGAGCUGCCCUCUUUGAGCCCAGCACCUGACAUGGGGCUGUCUCCCUCUAAGAGGACUCACCAGCGCUCCAAGUCCGAUGCCACCGCCAGCAUAAGUCUUAGCAGCAACCUGAAACGAACAGCCAGCAACCCUAAAGUGGAGAACGAGGAUGAGGAGCUCUCCUCCAGCACCGAGAGUAUUGAUAAUUCAUUCAGUUCCCCUGUCAGACUGGCUCCUGAGCGAGAAUUCAUCAAGUCCCUGAUGGCAAUUGGCAAGCGGCUGGCCACACUCCCCACCAAGGAGCAGAAGACACAACGGCUGAUCUCAGAGCUCUCCCUGCUCAACCAUAAGCUCCCUGCCCGAGUGUGGCUGCCCACUGCUGGCUUCGAUCACCACGUGGUCCGGGUGCCCCACACCCAGGCUGUUGUCCUCAACUCCAAGGACAAGGCUCCCUACCUGAUCUAUGUGGAAGUCCUUGAAUGUGAAAACUUUGACACCACCAACGUCCCUGCCCGGAUACCCGAGAACCGGAUUCGGAGCACACGGUCAGUGGAGAACCUGCCCGAAUGCGGUAUCACCCAUGAGCAGCGGGCAGGCAGCUUCAGCACCGUGCCCAACUACGACAACGAUGACGAGGCUUGGUCGGUGGACGACAUAGGCGAGCUGCAGGUGGAGCUCCCUGAGGUGCACACCAACAGCUGUGACAACAUCUCCCAGUUCUCUGUGGACAGCAUCACCAGCCAGGAGAGCAAGGAGCCUGUGUUCAUAGCCGCAGGGGACAUCCGACGGCGGCUCUCGGAGCAGCUGGCUCACACCCCCACGGCCUUCAGACGAGACCCGGAAGACCCUUCUGCAGUUGCUCUCAAAGAGCCCUGGCAGGAGAAAGUAAGGCGCAUCAGAGAGGGCUCCCCCUAUGGCCACCUCCCCAAUUGGCGGCUUCUGUCAGUCAUUGUCAAGUGUGGGGAUGACCUUCGGCAGGAGCUCCUGGCCUUCCAGGUGUUGAAGCAACUGCAGUCCAUUUGGGAACAGGAGCGAGUGCCCCUGUGGAUCAAGCCAUACAAGAUCCUUGUGAUUUCGGCCGACAGCGGCAUGAUUGAACCCGUGGUCAACGCUGUGUCCAUUCACCAGGUGAAGAAGCAGUCACAGCUCUCCCUGCUCGAUUACUUCCUGCAGGAACAUGGCAGCUACACCACCGAGGCGUUCCUCAGUGCCCAGCGCAAUUUUGUGCAAAGUUGUGCUGGCUACUGCUUGGUCUGCUACCUGCUACAAGUGAAGGACAGACACAAUGGAAACAUCCUUUUGGAUGCAGAAGGCCACAUCAUCCACAUCGACUUUGGCUUCAUCCUGUCCAGCUCACCCCGAAACCUGGGCUUUGAGACAUCAGCCUUUAAGCUGACCACAGAGUUUGUGGACGUGAUGGGGGGCCUGGAUGGCGACAUGUUCAACUACUACAAGAUGCUGAUGUUGCAGGGGCUGGUCGCUGCUCGAAAGCACAUGGACAAAGUGGUACAGAUCGUCGAGAUCAUGCAGCAAGGUUGUUGCCGUUGCUCAGGAGCAUCCCUGUCUGGCCCCGUGAUGACGGUGGCCCAGAUCAUCUGCUCCCAGCUGCCUUGCUUCCACGGCUCCAGCACCAUCCGAAACCUCAAGGAGCGGUUCCACAUGAGCAUGACCGAGGAGCAGCUGCAGCUGCUGGUGGAGCAGAUGGUGGACGGUAGCAUGCGCUCCAUCACCACCAAACUCUAUGACGGCUUCCAGUACCUCACCAACGGCAUCAUGUGACAUCCUCCUCCUCAGGCCCCAGAGAGGUGGGGAGGUGGGGGGGGGGCCUCCCUGGGAGGGCCCUCGUCCCAGAAACCCCAGACCAGGAAGCCCCACCCACGGGAAGUGGAAAGCAAGAAAUACAGAGGAUCAUGUGGUAACUGGAGAGCGUGCCGCUGGGCCCUGGCGGUGGCGGCGUCCCCAUUGGACAGACCACAGGCCUCAGUGCCCUCUAGAGGACAGAGGUGAUAGGUGAGAGGGGUGCUGGGGCCUUUCUUCUCCUCACCAGGGUCCACAAGUUCUUUCCACAGGCUGUCCUUACUGUGCUGGGUCCCAGGAAGGAAGGAGGGGGGACAGUAGAUUCUUGGGACUUGGGACUUGAUCCUGUGGUUGGCCUUUGGCUGUGCUGCUGCCCACCUCUGUCCCCUCCCAGCGGCCAGCUCUGGCUAGGGUCCUGCACUCAUGGCCAGUGUGGCUGGUGCCCAUCCCAGAGGCGAGGAAGGGAAGGACCAGGACCCUUCCUGUGGGGGAGGGGACCAGCCACAGGGACUUCCUUGGCCUGAUCCCUUCCCCACAUCCAGGGAAAGAGCUCUCAACUUUUUAUUUUUAAUUUUUCUUUGAAAUAAAGUCCUUAGUUAGCCAUC